AUGGGAAGCAUCGAUAACACGGCGCGCAGGUCAUGGGCCAGCGAGCCGAUUGCCAUCAUUGGCAUGAGCGCUAAAUUUGCUGGCGACGCAACAAACACCGACAAUCUCUGGCGCAUGUUAAUUGAGGGAAGAAGCGGUUGGUCGCCCUUCCCCGACUCUAGAUUUCGAUCAGAAGGUGUCUACCAUCCAAAUAAUGGACGACUCAAUAGUACACAUGUGAAGGGUGCACAUUUUCUCGGAGAGGAUGUCGGACUGUUCGACGCGGCAUUCUUUGGUUACUCGGGUGAAACAGCGGCAUCAAUGGACCCGCAGUACAGACUCCAGCUCGAGUCUGUCUACGAGGCAUUGGAAAAUGCUGGUCUGCCAUUAACGAAGAUUGCUGGUUCCAACACCUCGGUGUUCACAGGAGUGUUUGUACACGAUUAUAGAGAUGGCUUACUCCGCGAUGCCGAUAACCUACCGCGGUUGAUGGCCACUGGCACGGGUGUUCCCAUGAUGGCGAACCGUGUAUCACAUUUCUUUGAUCUGCGCGGUGCCAGUAUGACAAUAGAGACGGCGUGCUCCUCGGGAAUGGUGGCAGUGCAUCAAGCCGUCCAAAGCUUGAGAACUGGAGAGGCGGAUAUGUCCAUUGUUGGCGGCGCCAACCUGACACUCAACCCAGAUAUGUUCAAGGCGUUGGGAUCUGCUGGGUUUCUUUCUGCUGACGGCAAGUCCUAUGCAUUUGAUUCCCGCGCCAGUGGAUAUGGCCGCGGCGAGGGUGUUGGAACACUAGUCGUGAAGCGCUUGUCAGACGCCCUUGCCGCAGGAGAUCCGAUUAGGGCUGUGAUUCGAGAAUCGAUGCUCAACCAAGAUGGCAAAACUGAAACAAUUACGUCUCCGAGUCUAGAGGCACAAGAAGCCUUGAUGCGUGGAUGCUAUCGAAAAGCAGGUCUCGACCUUCGAGAAACGCAGUAUUUUGAGGCACAUGGCACUGGUACGCAGGCCGGGGAUACUAUUGAGGCACAGGGCAUUGCGACUGUUUUCGCAUCACGCCAAGAACCGUUGCUCAUCGGAUCGAUCAAGACAAACGUUGGCCACACAGAGGCCGCAAGCGGGCUCGCAAGCAUCAUCAAAACCGCACUAGCCAUGGAAAAUGGGCUCAUCCCGCCUUCUAUCAACUUUGAGAAGCCUAACCCGAAGAUCAGCUUGGAAGAUUGGAAUCUAAAGCUUGUUCGGGAAGUGGAAACAUGGCCAGCGGGCCCCAUCAGGCGCGCAUCAAUCAACAACUUCGGAUAUGGAGGAAGCAAUGCGCACAUAAUCUUAGAAGAUGGCGCUUCGUGGGUUAAGGCUAUUGGUGGCCAAAACGGACGUACCAAUGGGUUCACGGAUGGACAUUCGAACGGACCAAACGCAAAUGGUCACCACCCCACGACGGACCCACAUGUGCAAGCAAGCCAAGGUAUCUCAAAAGUCCUUGUAUUGAGCGGAAAGGACAAGCAGGCGUGCGAGAACAUGAUAGCGAACCUUGCGGACUACCUGAGGCAAACCCAGUCAACAAACUCCAACCCACGAGAGUUUCUCGACAGUUUGAUCUAUACGCUAGGUCAACGGCGUACCCGCUUCCCAUGGGUAGCAGCGUAUCCAAUACCAGUUGCGGAGGGGUAUGAAGCCGUAGUUCAGACUCUCCAGUCGCCCAAAUUCAAACCGACGCGCACUUCGCGCCGACCUCGGAUCAGUAUGGUGUUUACAGGCCAAGGGGCACAGUGGAAUGCCAUGGGAAGGGAGCUCAUCGAGGCCUAUCCAGUAUUCAAAGCAUCUCUUCAAGAGGCAGCAGGAUAUCUUGAACAGUUUGGCGCCGAAUGGUCAUUGAUGGAUGAGUUAAUGCGAGAUGCCGAAAAAAGCCGCAUUAACGAAGUCGGCUUGAGUACUCCGAUCUGCGUGGCAGUACAGAUCUCGCUUGUGCGCUUGUUACGGGCUUGGGGAAUCGUUCCUGUUGCUGUUACCAGCCAUUCGAGUGGAGAGAUUGCCGCUGCUUACACUGCGGGGGCCGUAAGUUACAAAACAGCUAUGGCCUUUUCCUACUAUCGUGCAGUGCUGGCAGCAGACAAAAGCCUACGUGGGCCAGUCAAGGGCGGCAUGAUUGCCGUCGGACUUGGAUUAGAAGAGACGGAAUCCUAUCUUCGCCGACUGAGCUCAGAGGGCCAAGCUGCCAUAGCUUGCAUCAACAGCCCGUCUAGCAUAACGGUCUCGGGUGAUCUUUCGGCAGUGGCGGAACUGGAGGAUCUGGUCAAUGCAGAUGGUGUAUUUGCUCGUCGCCUGAAGGUGGAUACGGCCUGGCACUCGCAUCAUAUGACUCCGAUUGCGAAUGUCUACUGCGAAGCCUUGGAGAAUACACGAGCUGAAAAGAUUGACCAAGAUGCUCUGACCACUGUCACAUUCUCAUCUCCAGUAACUGGAGGUCGCAUUACUAAUGCUCAACAUAUCGCGCGCCCUGAGCACUGGGUUGAAAGCUUGGUACAGCCUGUGCAGUUUGUCGCCGCUUUCACCGAUAUGGUACUCGGCGGCUCGGGAUCUGGUGGCUCUAAUGUAGAUGUGAUCGUUGAGGUGGGCCCGCAUACAGCGCUGGGAGGUCCGAUUCAGGAGAUCCUUGGACUGCCCGAGUUCAGAGAUUUGAACAUUUCAUAUUAUGGAACUCUCGUUCGCAAAUCAGACGCCGUGGACAGUAUGCAUGCACUUGCUUCUAGUCUUCUACGAGAAGGCUAUCCUGUUAAUAUGGAAGCAGUGAAUUUUGCACAUGGGCGAGGACAGGACGUCAAAGUACUGACAAACCUACCAUCGUACCCCUGGAACCACCAGGUAAAGCAUUGGGCCGAACCACGGCUAAAUCGGGCCUUACGUGAACGAUCCCAGCCUCCUCAUGACUUGCUCGGAUCCAUCAUUGAAGGCUCAAAUCCAAAUGCACCGUCUUGGCGACACGUCCUUCGAAUGUCCGAGUCACCGUGGACCAGAGAUCAUGCUAUUCAAUCCAACGUCAUCUAUCCAGCUGCUGGGUACAUUUGCCUGGCUAUUGAGGCGAUCCGUCAGCUUUAUGUGCUCAAUCAGACGACCGGAGAGAUUGAUGGAUACCGGCUUCGCGACGUUGAUUUCUUACAGGCCCUAAUCAUUCCGGAUAGCUCAGAUGGUAUCGAGAUUCAAACGACGAUACGUCCAGUCAGCAAGAAGGACGUUGCCUCGCAGGAAUGGAAGCAUUUCGAGGUCUGGUCCGUUACAAUAGACAACCGCUGGACCCAACACGCGAAAGGGUUGGUCUCUGUUGAAAUUGGAGAGUCUUCUGUCCGGGCUUCCCGACCAGCUAGGAAGAACAUUACUGGCUACACACGGCGAAUUCUUCCCGCUGAUCUAUUUGCCAACUUGAGAAAUCUGGGGAUUACACACGGGCCGGUUUUCCAGAAUAUGAACAGCAUCAUCCAGUCUGGUUCUGAAAUGCGAAGUGUGGUGAGCAUGACUUUGCCCGACGUCUCGGUUCCCAAUGACCUUCCCCGAAACCACAUUCUGCAUCCCGUCACAUUGGACUCGGUAAUCACGGCCCCUUACUCGGCAGUCCCUGGAGCUGCUGCCCGUGAAGUUGCUGCCAAGGUGCCCAGGUCUGUUGAGAGAUUCUGGGUAUGCAGCAAGAUAAGUCACGAUGCGGGACAUUCAUUCGAGGUGGACACGACCCUCGCCCGCGAUGAUGACCAAGGAAUGGCGGCAGAUGUGCUGGUUUCUGAUCAUGGCACCGGAAAUAUUGUGCUCGAAAUGAAUGGCUUUUCUUACCAGUCUUUGGGACGGAGCAUGUCAUUACAGCAAUCCGAAUCUUGGCCGAAUGAGCUAUGCAACAAGGUUAUUUGGUCGCUCGAUAUUUCCACGCCUUUGCCUGCUACCUUGGCUACCGUGAGGAAUGAAUUGGCCUGCACUGUGCAAUCUGCUGAAAGCGACACUACAAAAGCUACCUUGCGUGCGUGUAUCUACUUUAUGCAACUGGCUCUCAUCGCUUUGGACUCGCAUGACGUAGCUGAGAUGGAUCCCCAUAACGUGUCUUACUAUACAUGGAUGAAAGACACUGUCGAGCGCGCCAGCUCGGGAGAACUGUUCGAUGGUAGCGCCGAAUGGAUAUACCAUUCAGAGGCCGAGAGGCAGCGUCAUAUUGAACAGGCUCAGACCGGGGUGGAUGGAGAGAUCGUGUGUCGAGUGGGAACUCAGCUGGUAGACAUAUUGCGCGGAAAGACCGGAGCACUUGACCUGGCCAUGCAAGACAAUCUGCUAUCGCGUUUCUACGGCGAUGCUCCGCAGUGGAAACGGGCGGGAACGCAGAUUGCAGGACUUCUUCGCCAUCUAUCCCACAAGAAUCCCCGUGCUCGCAUUUUGGAGGUGGGUGCGGGCACGGGGGCCAUUGCUCUCCAUGCCCUUGGAGCCCUAGGCACGUCUGACUCGGGUGGUCCCAAUGCCUCCAUGUACCACUUUACAGACACCUCUACAGCUUUGUUCGAGACGGCGAGAGAAAGCCUGCUCCCCUGGGCUGAUCUGCUGUCCUUCGACGAGCUCGACAUUGAGCAUGAUCCAGCACCGCAGGGAUAUACACCGGGGACCUACGAUAUUGUGAUCGCCUCAAAUAUCCGAUCUAUCUCCGAAUCCACAUCACAAGCACUGAGCAACAUCAGCUCUCUGUUAAAGCCCGGCGGCACUCUCUUGCUGGUGGAACCUUUGAAAUACGAGGUCGAUGUUCAUUUUGUUCGUCGGCUACUUCCUGGCCGAUGGUCGGACGAUAGCACAGAGCUGAAGGCCAACCUAUGUCUGGAUAUGCCAUCCUGGGAAAAUCAUCUCCUGGGUGCCGGUUUCACAGUUGAACUCGAGUUGCUGGAUCGUGAACGCCCCCAAGAAGCCGCUUUGGUGACUUUCAUGUCCACUGUGCAAUUACCACAGUCACCAAAACCAAAUGUGGAUGCGGAUCAAGUGGUCAUUGUCACAAGCCGAAACGGAUGUCCUCCAGCUGCCUGGGUGGAGGGCCUCAAGGAUGCCAUCGCGCGUGAAGGGAAACUACGUCCUAUUGUUCAAGAUUUAGAAUCCUUAGCUGCGACAGCUGCGUCUUAUGCGGACAAGAUUUGUAUCUUCCUUGGUGAGGUGGAUGAAGCCGUCCUAUACAACUUGAAUUCAACAUUCUUGGAGGGCAUUCGUUCAAUGAGUACUAACUCUAAAGGAUUGAUCUGGGUGACGCGUGGCGGUGCUGUGGACUGUGAAUGGCCAGAAAUGAGUUUGGCGACCGGUUUCAUUCGUUCCCUGCGCAAUGAAUAUGUCGGUCGCAAGCUGCUGACUCUCGACCUGGAUCCCAAGGGUACGCCGUGGACUGACGUUAGUAUGGCUGCAAUUGCCAAGAUCCUGGGCACUGCCAUUGGGAAUUCCGCCGGUGACUCUAUGGUAGAGAAAGGCGCCAUGGAGCUCGAGUACGCCGAACGAGAUGGCGUUAUCUUGAUCCCGCGAAUCUACCAUGAUGUGACGAGAAACCGAAUGCUUUCUCCCGAUGCGUCAGAUACCGCCAUGGAGAAAACCUCAAUUGAGGAUUUCUACCAACCAACCCGCCCUUUGUGUUUACAGCCGGACUUGCUAGUCUUCGGUGACGAUGACUUCUCUGCCGAUUGUCUUGAACACCUCCCACCCGCAUCCCUGGAAGUGCAACCUAAGGCAUAUGGUGCUACGCUCAACAGUGUCGGUGAUGAUAUCGCUGGCUUCGAGUGUGCCGGAAUCAUUACGCAAGUUGGGGAAGAAGCAGCAGCCCAAGGCUAUGCAGUCGGCGAUCGCGUUCUCUCAGUCUUGCGACAUCCAUCUUUCCCGAGCCGGGCUGUUGUCGACUGGAAACUGACGACGCGCAUGCCAACUGACAUGACCUUCCAGGAAGGAGCAUCACUUCCGUUGCCUUUCCUCAGUGCAUACUUCACCCUGGUCGAAAUCGCGCGACUGCAGCGUUCUCGGUCAGUCUUGAUUCACGCUGGUGCGGGAGACGUUGGGCAAGCUGCAAUCAUGGUUGCCCAGCACCUUGGGGCGGAGAUAUAUGUGACAGUCGGUACCCCUGCAGAGCGUGGCCUGCUCAUACUGAAAUAUGGUCUACCGGUGGAUCAUAUCUUCAGUUGUACGGACUCGUCGUUUGGAGAUGCGGUAAUGGCUGCGACACAAGGCCGUGGAGUUGACGUGGUUCUCAACUCACUGACUGGCCCGCUCUUUCAAGAAAGUUUUAAUCUUGUGGCCCCGCUUGGCCACUUUGUGGAGAUUGGCAGGCGCAAUACCCUAACAAAUGGCUAUAUGCACAUGCGGCCAUUCGAUCGUGGCAUUUCAUUCGCGACCCUUGAUAUAUCUAGCCUGCUGGAGUAUCGGGCGACGGAUGUUCAUCGUUGCCUCGCUGAGUUGACGCGCCUCAUCGAGUUAAGAGCCGUGACACCUGUCCACCCAAUCGCCUUCCAUGCCAUUGGAGAGAUCGCGGAGGCAUCUCGUCUCUUAAAAGUGGGAGACCAGAUUGGCAAAAUUGUCUUGUCGGUCGAUGAGCAUUCAACGGUUUCUGUUUUGCCAUCCAAGGCGGCUGCAAAGCUCUCUUCCGAGGUCUCAUACUUGAUCGUCGGUGGCAGUGGCGGCUUAGCGCAGUCUGUGGCGCACUGGAUGGUCAAUCGUGGAGCAAGAAAUCUGGUCCUUCUAUCUCGGAGUGCUGGGACGAGCGAAAAGACCACUGCAUUUGCCGAGGAUCUCCGCCAGGCAGGAUGUCGUCGGGUCUUGCCAAUCAGCUGUGACGUUUCCAACGAGGAAAGCUUGGGCGACGCCAUCGAUAAAUGUGCUCAAGAGGGCUUACCCCCAUCAGAGGAUGCCUUCGUGGAGAAAAUGACCAUUGAUGACUGGAAACACACUAUUCAGAGCAAGGUCGCCGGCGCCUGGAACUUGCACAACCAGUUUAAUUUGCCCGGCGACCUCGACUUCUUCGUCUUAUUCUCUUCUAUCAAUGGAAUUCUUGGAUAUGCCAGCCAAUCUGCCUAUUCCGCAGCUGGUGCAUACGAAGACGCCCUCGCCCACUGGCGAGUCAAGCAUUGUGGCCUUCCAGCCGUGUCAAUUGACCUCUCCGUCGUCAACGCGGUCGGCUACGUCGCCGAGGCAAACGCAUCCGAAACACUACGCCGGUCUCUCCUCAGAGCUGGUCGCAGAGUCAUUGACGAAGAUCAUGUUCUUGGUUCGCUAGAGUCUGCCAUCCUAUCGCCCUUCGACCCACAAUUCGUUGUCGGUGGUAUAAACUCCGGGCCAGGUCCCCAUUGGGAUCUUGACGGCGAUCUGGGCCGUGAUAUGCGUGUCCUGCCACUCAAGUAUCGUCCUCCGGCUGUAAGCGAACAGAGCCAGGAUGAUGAUUCUAGCAGCGACUCUCUCGCCGCAAAAAUGAUCGCCUGCGCGUCACAGGAUGAUGCCGUUCGUGUUGUUGGGACUGCCAUCGCAGAAAUGCUGGCUGAAAUGUUCCUUGUUCCUAUUGAGGAUGUCGAUCUAAGCCAGUCGCCCUCGCAGCAAGGAGUUGACUCUCUUGUAGCAGUUGAGGUCCGGAACAUGCUUUUCACCCAGGCCGGUGCUGAACUUUCCAUCUUCAAUAUCAUGCAAAGCCCCAGUCUGAUGCAGCUAGCGAUUGAUGUUGUGGGUCGCAGUGCGCACGUCAAGUUUGCGGGUUGA